CUCUUUCCUGACUCAAUUCUCUAGCAGGCGAGCCUUUCCACGACUCUGAGACCUCACCUCUCCUCACUUCACCCCACCUUUACGACCCUCCUUUUCCUCCCACCAUGUCUCCCCUCCCACCCGGCGCCAAGCGCGAAUCCACCACCGCCCGCCUGCUAGGCUCAGGCACAUCAGGAAUUGCCGAACUCGCCGUCUUCCACCCUGUAGACACUGUUGCAAAGCGGUUGAUGUCCAACAAGGACAAGUCGCUUGCUUUUUCACAGAUCAUCUUUAAAGACAAGGCGAGCGCACCACUCAGCACAAAGGCGCUCAGUCUUUUCCCUGGAUUGGGAUAUGCCGCGGGGUAUAAGGUGCUGCAGAGGGUGUAUAAGUUCGGAGGACAACCCUUUGUGAAUGACUACCUGACUCACAACUACAAGAGCUCCUUUACAUCGACUUUUGGAGAGAGGAAUGGAAAGAGUAUCAUGUCCGCAACAGCAGGAAGUCUGGUGGGUAUCGGUGAGAUUGUUCUCCUCCCUCUGGAUGUCCUGAAGAUCAAGCGUCAAACCAACCCAGAAGCCUUCCGCUCUCGCGGCUUCCUCCGCAUCGUUGGAGACGAAGGUCUCUCCCUCUACCGUGGUUGGGGCUGGACAGCAGCCCGCAAUGCCCCCGGCUCUUUUGCUCUCUUUGGUGGUUCAGCAUUCACAAAGGAGUACCUCUUCGGUCUAGAAGACUUUGGCAAGGCCACUUGGGGUCAAAACUUUGUCGCUUCCAUCGGUGGAGCUGUAGCGUCCAUCACCGUUGCUGCACCCCUGGAUGUGGUCAAGACUCGUAUUCAAAAUGCAAACUUUGAGAGUACGACGGGAGGAGUGACGAUUAUCAAGGAUAUGAUCAAGCAUGAGGGUAUGACGGCCUUCUUCAAGGGACUCACACCGAAGAUCCUGGUCGUAGGACCUAAGCUCGUCUUCUCCUUCACUCUGGCGCAAACGCUCAUCCCAAUGUUCGGGAAGGUGGUGUAAAGGUUGGGCAAGAGCGAGGAUAUUCUUGGUCAGACGGUAAAAAUCGGGCGGGGAAGGACGAGUGUUUGGUCCUUUCCCCCUGGCUCAGGACCUGCGAUGGUAGCAGCAGGAUUUCAAAAUGUACUUCGGAGAGGUGGCUCACGG